AUGAGAUCCAUUUUCAGCCCUCAACUCUCGACCUUGGCAUGGAAAAGGCGACCGACCGGAUCACCUGGAGACGGCGAUCUGUUGAGGAGCGGUGGAGGCUGGACUCGGCGACCUGAUGAGCGGAAGAGGACACGGGGGUCGGCCAUUAGGGGUCGUCGGGUCGUCGGAGUCGUGGAGUGUAAAGUCGUCGGGGGUCGAGGAAAGCAGCGUCGAGCGGGGUCGCCGGGUCGUGGUCGCCGUGUCGUGGUCGCGAGGCCUGGGUCGGCGAUUAGGGGGGUUGGACGGCGGGGAACUUGGAACAAGAGAAAGGUGGAGGUAGAUUCUGGGUGUGGAGGAUGGAGGCUGAUAGGGUUGGUGACUGGCGAGAGGACGAUGAAGGAGGAAACGGGGUAG